AGCAAAUGCGGCUAUCGUUUAUUGUGUUUUGAAACGUGAAGUGAACGUGAACAGCAGUGAAUUCGAAAAUGGCCCGUACCAAGCAAACCGCUCGCAAAUCGACUGGUGGCAAGGCGCCACGUAAGCAACUGGCUACUAAGGCCGCUCGCAAGAGCGCUCCCGCCACCGGAGGCGUGAAGAAGCCUCAUCGGUACCGCCCUGGAACUGUUGCCCUGCGUGAGAUCCGUCGAUACCAGAAGAGUACCGAGCUGCUGAUCCGCAAGCUGCCUUUCCAGCGUCUGGUGCGUGAAAUCGCUCAGGACUUCAAGACUGACCUGCGAUUCCAGAGCUCGGCGGUGAUGGCUCUGCAGGAAGCUAGCGAGGCCUAUCUAGUAGGCCUCUUUGAAGAUACCAACUUGUGUGCCAUUCAUGCCAAGCGUGUCACCAUCAUGCCCAAGGACAUCCAGUUGGCCCGUCGCAUUCGCGGCUCGAAAAUGGCCCGUACCAAGCAAACCGCUCGCAAAUCGACUGGUGGCAAGGCGCCACGUAAGCAACUGGCUACUAAGGCCGCUCGCAAGAGCGCUCCCGCCACCGGAGGCGUGAAGAAGCCUCAUCGGUACCGCCCUGGAACUGUUGCCCUGCGUGAGAUCCGUCGAUACCAGAAGAGUACCGAGCUGCUGAUCCGCAAGCUGCCUUUCCAGCGUCUGGUGCGUGAAAUCGCUCAGGACUUCAAGACUGACCUGCGAUUCCAGAGCUCGGCGGUGAUGGCUCUGCAGGAAGCUAGCGAGGCCUAUCUAGUAGGCCUCUUUGAAGAUACCAACUUGUGUGCCAUUCAUGCCAAGCGUGUCACCAUCAUGCCCAAGGACAUCCAGUUGGCCCGUCGCAUUCGCGGCGAGCGUGCUUAGGUCGAGACGGCUUCAACUGGCUGC